AUUGUGAAUUAUAGGAAAAUUGGUUUCUCCCAUCUCCACUUCCACAUCUUACCGAUCCUAAUUGGGAAAGGAAUUCCCAAUUGUUUCCUUUCCCAAUUCCUCACCUAUAUUUAUUCCUACUUUUGCAGUUUUAUUUUUUCUUAUUAUUGCAUAAACCAAUUGACGAAUCAAUGCUUUGUUUCAAAUAUUUGUUUAGAUCCAAAAGAACACGAUGAUGUCAAUUUUCAGUUCUUUUGAUGCUCUCUCCGCUGAAAUUUUGGGCCAAAAAGUGAACCACUCUUGGGCACCGCCCACUUCUGACAACAAACAACAACGAGGUGCAGGUGUGGGCCCUAUCGUAUCCGAUCGCAACAUCGCCGUUUCUGUUUCUCCACCGUCUACUUCCGUAACCAGUAAACUGAACAAGACGGAAGAGGCGCCGCCGCCGUCAUCAUCUUCAAAAUCUCCGUCGCGCCCACGGAGGCGAAAGUUUGCACCGGAAUUGGAUGGAGUCUACUGUUUUGAAACAAUUCCUCCGUAUUGAUUUUUUUUUCAUAAACUCCAAAAAGAUUGAAAUUCUUUAUUCUCGUCAAUUGUCAUGACAUUAUUGAUUAUAUAAUUUGCUUAACUGAAAAACCUUCAAUUCGUGA